AGUCUUUUUUUAAUCUACUUUAAAUAUAUAUACAUAUAAAACGUUGUCAGAACUGAAUAAGUAAGCUCCGACGAGUAAAUUGCUACACGAACUUACAAAAACAAAGGCAAAUAGAGGGAGGAUGACGUCACCACAGACAACAAGACGAAACAACGAGGAGCUUAUCUCCGUGCUCGUGUUAUACAGGACCCCAUAGUGACUGCACAACCUGAGAAAACAAAUCUGGAGGUCAACUCAUUCAAGAAUAUCUGGAGAAGCCGGCAGAGUCCUUCAUCAACCCAAUUAUCUGGCCAACGGGAGAAGGACAGGCAUGGAACGCAACAGAACCAUGCCUGGAGAAGUGUUUUGGAUCGCCUCUAAUCGGUUUCACCACUGACCUGGAUCUCACACCGAGGGCCGAAGCAACGUCUUACCUUCUGCCUGGCGCUGGUUGAAGAGUCCGUCUGAUUUUGGUGUUUUAUCUUGUUAUGGUUUUCCCUCCUCACCGCCGGACCGAGCUGACAGAACAGACUAGAAGCAGGUGGCUGAGCCCUUUGACUCCAGCCAUGAACAACCUUCCACUACCUCUGAGUAAACGGAGUCGGCGGGGUUUGUUGCCCAGGACCAGACCCUUCAGCUUCGUGACAGACUGCUGCCUCAUGACGGUGCUGAGCCUCGUCUUGUUUUUCAGCCUGGCCUCUUGCCAGAGAAUGGACCCGUCGAAGCAUCCCAUAGUCAGCACCAACUACGGCAAGCUGAGAGGCGUCAAGAAGGACCUGAACAAUGAGAUUUUAGGCCCGGUGGAGCAGUACCUUGGAGUUCCCUACGCCACGGCGCCCAUCGGAGACCGGCGGUUCCAGCCGCCGGAGGCGCCGGGGUCCUGGCAGGAGAUCCGCAACGCCACCCAGUUUGCCCCCGUUUGCCCUCAGAACGUCCACGGCGUUCUGCCGGAGAUUAUGCUUCCGGUUUGGUUCACGGAUAACCUGGACGUGGCGGCGGGAUACAUCCAGAACCAGAGCGAGGAUUGCCUCUACCUCAACAUCUACGUGCCCACAGAGGACGGUCCGCUCACAAAAAAAACUGAUGAAUCUUCAAUGAACAAGCCUCGAGACGAAGGUAUUUUUGUUGCAUGUUUUUCCUUUUUUUCCUUCUUGUUUUGAAAGUCUUUUUUUGGG